GUUCGUACUUUUAGUGAGUACACGAACGGAAGGACAGGCUAUCAAACCAUCCUGAAAACCUUGAGUAUAGCAGGAAAGUGCAGUGCAAGCCACCUUCAAUAGUUACUGUUAAAAAUGGAUGACCUCGAUUUUGUAUGUAUGCAUGUAUGUAUGUAUGUAUAUUAAGGUGGCCUAAAUCUUUCGUACUUUUAGUGAGUACACGAACGGAAGGACAGGCUAACAAACCAUCCUGAAAACCUUGAC